GGAGUAAGUAACUGAACGCCUCUAGUUGCAGAAUAAGGAAUCGCGUGUUCGUAAAUUACUCCGAACAAAGAAUUCAAUUUCGGUACAUUUGUUUUCAUCAUCAUCUCUGAAGAAUAAUUAAAUAGCGAAGAAUAUCAGAUACAACAGUUCCUCUCUUGCAAGUUAAUGAUCCAUCUGUGCAAAAUACAAUUUUAGGUUGCAAGAGUUUUGAUUGUUGUUGAGAUAAAGCUGUUUGUAAGAUGUUCGGAAAACAACAAAAAGUGAGAAGAUGUGUGGUUUGCAGAAGAGUUGCACCAAGACACGGAAUGUCGUUGUUUCGUUUUCCAACAAAUGAAAACAGGUGUAACCUUUGGAUUGAGGAAUUGAUUAAACGAAAUGAUUUACAAUAUCUUAAUUAUCUCUCGCCAAGAGAAUUAAAACUAAAGUGGGUGUGCGAAUAUCAUUUCGAAGAUAAUUGUUUUACAAGCAGUUACAGAAAUAGACUUACAAAUUUUGCAGUUCCAAGAUUAUUAGAUAGUAUAGAAGUAUAUGAAAAUCAGUCAAGCUUCAAUCCGUGUCCAUCUGCACAAGAGGAAAAUAAUGCAGAAACAGAAACACAAAUAAGUAACACACCUCCUUCACCACCCAAGGUUAAACCAAGAAGAAGAAAAAUAAAAAAUUUGAUGGUAACAGUUUCAAACUUAAAAAGACGUCUGAACAGUAGAACAGAUCAUUCAUAUCCAAUAAUGACUCUAAGUAAAAAGAUUGCCAAGAUGGAUGAAGAUUUGUCCGUUGAUUCGCAGGCUGAACAGGAAACCGAGAAUCCUAUUAAUGCUGAGAAUUCUUCCGACAUUACUCAGGUUGAAAUUUUAUCAGAAAAAGACAACCAGAAUGACGAGACAAAUAAGGCAGAAAGAAAUCAGUCCGUGACAGAUGCAGAAGUUAUGCUGUUAAUGAAACAACAACAACAAUUGAUCAAACAACAGGGACAAAUGUUGCAAGUUCUUCAGGAACUGAAAGACAUCCAGAAAGAAAUACUGGGAUUAAAACGAAAAAAUCACGAAUUAAAACUGACAAAAUUACGUAUAGCCGCGCAGCAGGCGGGUAUUAAAGUGAUAACAAAAGCAAAUAAAUGAAUAUUAUUGUGUACAUAUACAUAUAUUUUAAAAUUAACAACAAAAAAAUCAAUUUGCAAAUUUUAAUAAUUGUAAUAAUUAUAAUAAAAUCAUUGUUAAUUUAAUUAAUAUUCACGAC